CCAAAGAGCGAAACAUACCCGCGCCGUAUUGAUGAACACGCAAGUAGCGACCGGGAAGGAGCCCUAGAUCUGAGCAGAAGGGGACUCGCGGACAUGCGAACCCGCUACCGCCGUUUUCGGUCGCCAUUGUGUUGGAAGGAACGUGCUUGGCCGAACGCGCGCAUGGCAAUUUUGAUCUUGGGCAUGCGUGUGCAGCUGGGCAUCGCGUCACCCCUACGUCCGCUUGACCCGAACGAGCGUACCAAAGCAGCGAGGCGGAUGCAAAUGUGGGUGUUGGUGACCGAAACAGGAAGCUUGGGCGCGUUCAGGACGGUGUCACUCAGGAACCGAACGCCAACACAAACGCGAUCCGCCUUCUGUUCUGACAUGUUAGGGUGCACGGCAGGACAGAACUCGUUGUACGCGAAGUCACCCGGCCACGCAUGUGGUCCGUGGCAGACUCGUCGUAUGGCGCCGUGACGGCAGACAACUUGAAUGUCAUGAUGAUGGCACAAAGCAGGGUCGAGGAAGCACCAUCAAACGGGAUGUAAAUGGAGCAUCGAUUGCCUUAGUCCUGUUUGGCCGUUUCGAGGUACGCAGGAUGAGUGUCAGCAAGUUGCUGGUCGCUUAUCAUGCCACAAGACGGCGUGGUACCAGGUCGCACCCCAA